AAAACAGAUCAUCGCGGCCGUUCAGACAUUAUCCGUUUUGGUUCUGGGCUCGGGGGCUGGAGCCUAUCUCCGCAUUUGCCUGAGGCUGACACGGCGCCACAUUGCGACGACUAUCACAUCCAGCUUCUUUCUUGUCUUUCGCGCACCCUUGGAGCUCAGAGGUUUGUGCCUGGAAUUGUCCUUUCGCUUGCUCAGAUUUCCUUUCUAUUCUGUUACUCACAAGUCGUUCUUUCUGCUAUCUACACUACGCUUGUCCCGACGCAAUCCGUCGCAGCCAUGAUGCUGCCAUCUAGCUCACUCGUUGCGAUCUUCCAAUUCCUCCUCCUAGCAUCCUCUCCUUUAGUCAGAGCUGGCUCUGAUACGUCAAAAAACGAUAAACUGUCGAAACCAUGUACGGUCCAAUCUCCUACCAGUGGGAUGUACUUCGAUCUGAAUGCGAUAUCCCUUUCCCCGCCCGAGAAGAAGGACGGCCGCAAGCUGCACAAGGACGAUCGCGAUGAAAGCUGGCUCGCUAAAGGUCACGAUUAUCCCGCGAAUUUCACGAUCAAUAUCUGCGCUCCAGUUAUCGAGAAUAUAAGUGAUGUUGUUGGCGUCGACAAAUCGAGAUGGCGGAACGUCAGCGCCUAUUAUGAGCAGAAUGGCAAGAUAUACUCAAUAGGACAACAAGCCUCUGAGCCCAUAUUCCGAGGAAGAAAGCUCAUCUUGAACUAUACGGAUGGUUCUCCUUGUCCUUCGAGCUCGGAAUUCGAUUCACGAAAUAUCCUUGAUGGCGAUAAGGGACCCGACUAUAAUACCAUCCAGAGCUAUGAUCAAGAUGUCCGGAGAAAGUCGACAAUUAUGUCUUUCCUCUGUGACCGUGAACCUAUGGCUCCCCGAGCUGCAGUAUCAUUCGUGGGAACAAUGGAUCAUUGCACAUAUUUCUUCGAAGUCCGGAGUCCUGCUGCAUGCGGCGGUGUAGCCUAUGCUCCGAAUGGGGGCCUGGGUCCGGCCGGUGUCUUCGGUGUGAUUGUCUUGAUUGCGAUUGCAGCCUACCUGGUUGGCGGUUGCGCCUACCAACGGACAGUGAUGCACCAGCGCGGCUGGAGACAGUGUCCUAACUACAGCCUCUGGGCGGGCAUGUUUGGCUUUGUCAGUGAUAUAAUCAUUAUCGUUUUCUCGUCUAUAACUAGGUUCUUCCGUCUCAAGCGCUCUCAGAGCGACAGAUACUCUCGCGUCAAUGGAACCGACGCAUCGGCCCAGCGCGGAGGGAUUAUCGGUGCGAUCGGCGGACGCGGUGGGGGUGAAGGGCGCGGACACCGAGCGGACGUGGAUGCCGAAAAUAGAUUGAUUGAUCAACUAGAUGAGGAAUGGGAAGAUUGACGGUGAUCUAACAUGUGCCGGGUAUUGUUUUGGAUACGCUACUUUCCACUUUGUUCGUUGAGGAGAUUAUCUCUUUUCUUGUGACGCUCCACAUGAGUUUCAGAUCUCAAUUGAUGCUAUAUGUAUUUGCAUGAGGAGAAUGAUAUGCUUUUACAGCUUUGUUGUGCUUGGUGUAUACUACUACAUGGUUACUACGUUGUUUCCAUUGAUUUCGCAUACUAAUGUAGCGUUGUUUGCA